AUGGGAGAAUCUGGACAGGACCCAUUGGAUGAUGUGCAGGAGAUGAUGGAAAUACCGAAAUUAGAAGCCACAAAACAGAACCUCGACUACCUUAACUCAGACCUUGAAAAGGACCUGCAGAGACUGGAUAAGGCAAAUCUGGUUCUUCUCAGAAAAAUUCAAGAAAAAGAAGAAACAGUUCAGAGUCUGGAAAGGGAGGUUUUCCUGUCAGUUGGAAAAGCCAGAGAGAGGGAGGAGCUGAUCCACAUCCUAUCUGAGAAGGAAGAAGCCCUAAGGGGUCUGGAAGUAGAGACAGCAAAGCUGGAAAAAAAGAAGGAGAUGCUGAGCAGGAAUGUGGUGGAGGUUCAAAAGGAGAUUUCAAGAAGAUUCAAGAAUGUUGGCCUUGAUAAAGAAACCCUAAAGCAGAUGUUGGCAGAAUUAAAGGUGAGACUACAACAGUCUACAGAGUCCUGUGCAAAUCAAGAGAAGGAACUAGUCAAGGUAGAGAGUGACUACCAAUCUGUGUACCAGCUCUGCGAAGACCAGGCGCACUACAUAAAGAAAUACCAGGAAAUUCUGAGGCAGAUGGAAAAGGAAAAGGAGGUGCUGCUUCUUGAAAAAGAAGUAUUCAAAGCCCAGAACGACUCUUCCCAAAUAGUGAAACCUGGGUCAAUUCUGGUGGAGACCAUCCAAAGCAACAUGGAGAAGACCAUCAUUAAGAAACAGAAGAGAAUCUUUUGGUACAGGCAUUUCAAGUAUCUCGUCUUCAUGGUCAUGAUCUUCAUUAGGCUGCUGGGUUACAUGCUUUUCUACCUGCAGUACAUAAACCCAGACCUCCUUGUGGAUGCCCUGCCCAUGGUAAUGAGCAGAGAUGCCUUGAAGAGGCUGAGGGACGUCUUAUUUCCCUUCCUCACUCUGGAGGUGGAAGAAGUUCUACCACAUUAG